AGUCCUGCCUUACCUAUUUCGUGUACGUGCCAAUCAAUUUCCUGAUAUUUUUUAUCCUAGUUUUGAGGUGCUAGAUGGAGGAUUUUGGGUAUACAUUGAGCAAUGUCAUGGAAAGUUCAUCGACAAUCCAUCUAAGUUCCAAUUCUCAUACGCAAUGCAAGAAUAUGUGCUGGGGAUUCGAAUGAAGGAGUCCAAGCCAUGGAAAUACGUAAAUCAUUUGUUGAUUCCACUAAACAAGGGCAACAUACAUUGGGUGGUAGGGCACGUGGACUUAAAAGAGCGUCGCAUGACUGUAUAUGAUUCAGAUAAGGCUGGUAACCGAUACAAGGGACAAAUUUAUUUCCAGAAAUUAUGCAUAAUGUUACCAUAUUUACUGCGGUCUGCAUCCUUUUAUGAGCAGCGGCCGGAUCUUGUAGACUCCGUUGACGAGUUUACAUGUGAAUUGGCACAAAAUACCCCUCAGCAAAGAUCUAGUGGUUGUUCAACAGCUGCUUUAAUGGCUUUUCUGUUCUUGUCAGCUGCCUUUGCUGCAGCUUUACUGAUGGGCUUAUCAGCAAUUCGUUGCAUUGGAGAUUCUUGA